AUGAGUAUUAAUAAUAUUAGUAAUAAUACCUUGUAUCCAAGCAGGGAUAUGGGCUUCAUGGAGAGAUACCAACUCUCCAAACAAACUGCAGAUGUCUAUGGUAAACUUUGUCUACUUUGUCAGUUGACAAUUCAGACUCCACUAUCACCUGGCCAGACAAUCAAUCAAGAGUAUCUAGUGGCUAUACUUCAACCUGCCAUCACUGAGCUAUGCCAAGAGAUUCCAUCAAUGACAUUGGUCGUCUCGGACAUUGCCAGCAACAAACCAAGCUUCUCAAACAUCAGCUCUUUCGACCUGUUGCAAGUGCUCAAGGUCACUCACAAUGUUGACUUUGGUGAUCAAGAUGCUUUGCAACUACAUCUUGCCAAUGAGGUCAGCAGUGACUUUGACCUAAGAGAUCAGUCAGUGCCCCUAUGGAACCUUCAUGUACUUGUAGAUGACAGGCGACCGAAUGAGCUCGUUAUCAUCUGGUCGGUACAUCAUCUCAUCUCAGAUGGUGUCAGUACAUCAAUACUUUGGACUCACUUGUUGAGGUGUAUCAAUGAUACUUCCUCAUCAUCAACAUCAUCAACAUCGACAUCGACUAUCAUUGCACCAACAAGUGUACCACCACUUCAACCUCCAUUCGAUAAGAGAACACCUCAUCAUCCUACUAUUACAGACUUGGUGCCGGUGUUGUUCAAGGAGUUAUUGCUACCAUCGUUCAUCAAGAGAUGGACUGAUACUACGUAUUGGGCAGGCGAGACACAUGCCGUAAGAGCACAUCAUCAGACUUUGGUGGAGUUGGUGCAACUUGAAGAUGAUCUUGUGGAACGAUUGAACGUUGCAUGCAAGAAAGAGGACACGACUAUACACGCUGCAUUGUGUGUGGCUGCAGUAGCUUCACUUCUGGAGACACUCGGCGGUGAUGCCUCAACAACUGCAAUCAAGACAUGUACACCAAUCAGUGCGCGCAAGUACUGUGAGCCACCAGUGUCCAUCGAGGAGGUGGGCAACUUUGUGGCGGCCUUUGACAAGGUGUGGCAGAUGCCAUUGACAAGCCUCAAAGAGAAGUUUUGGCAACAAUGCAGAGAGUACAAGACUCAGCUGGCUGGCAACUCAAUCAACGACGUCAAGAUGGUAAACAUGCUCAAGUAUGUAGGCGAGAAUCCUGCCAAGUGGGAUGACUUUUGGUGGAGCAGGGAGCACAAGCUACCAAUGGGAAGAAGUGGAAGCAUCGAGUUGAGCGACCUUGGCAAGUGGAACUUGGUCCAGAAGCAAGACGAUCAAUGGAAGGCACAAUCUGCAGUAUUUGCACAGAGCAGCAAUGUAUAUGGCAGUGUACUGUCAUUCAAUUGUGUGUCGCUGAAUGGUAGACUGCGUCCAUCUAUCACAUGGCAACCUGGCGUGAUAUCUCAAGACAAGGUCAAGGAGGUGUCAAAGCUGUUGUCAUCAACUCUUUCCGAACUAGCCAAUAAAGUGACUGAG